UCUUUUCUCCUUCUCCUCCUCUUCCUCCUUUCCACCUCUCCACCUUUCUCAUCCCUUUAUCUCAUCUUUUUGUUCCCAUCCGGUGAAACCAAAUCAGCUCAAGGUAUUGAUUGAUCUAUACUUCCUCCUUCUGUAUAUUGAAAUUUCUUUUUAAUUGUUCCUUUUCCCUCUUUUCCUAUUUUUGGGUCUUUAUCCCCCUCCCCUCCCCUUCCCUUCCCUUCCCUUCCCUUCUUACCCUAUUAAGGAUCUCUUGACUUUUAUCCGUUCGUCUCUCUCUGCCCGAGAAGAAGAACAAGAGUCUCUCUCUCCUUUUCCCUUCGCGUUUCUUUUCGUGUUCCUCCUCUCCCAUUCUACCAAAACCCUCCAUCGUAUUUUUCUUGUCUUUCGCCAUCACCAUCUCUCUCCAUCCAUUUUCCUUAUCACCUUCAUUUUAUUUCAUAUUUCUAUAUCACAUUUCCCAUCUGAUUCACAUUUUCCGUGUCUUGUAUUUUCUUCUUUUCUGGUUUCUUUUUUCUUUUUAAUUUAUUUAUUUAUUUAUUUUUAUCUUUUAUCUUCCUCAUUUCUUUUACAUUGACAAAAGAGGAACAAGAAAAUUAAUUUAUUGGCAUCUAGAUUCCCAACCCGGUUCAAGAUUCUCCGACGACGCCGGUUGCUUCAUCCUUGAGACUUCUCCUCUCGAUGCUAUCUCUCUAAAUUUUCUCUACAUCAUGUCCACCGAGCCGGCCAUACGGACGGCUCAGGACGAUCUCGAGUCGCGCACCUCCAUCGACCAAACUCCCCGCGAAACUCGUCCUAGACGGUCGCGUCGCAAGAAGGACGAGGGACAGGACGCUGGGCGAAAGGACACUCCUAAACCUAGCAAGUCAAAGACUAAAGAAAAGGAGAAAGAAAAAGAACCAGAGACGGGGAGGCAGAACGAUAAGGAAUUGGACAAAGAAAAUCAUAAGGAUAAGGAGAGCAGGGAUAAAGAGCAGGAUCCAAAAGAGUCGAAACGCGGCAGUCGUCGCCAGAGGGACAAAUCGUCAUCCACGUCGGUCAAUCCUUCCAAUUCCUCUUCUACUCACGCUCGAAAGAAGCCUAAGUUGGAAGCAACGCCGUCAGAUCAAAGCCCCAGUGUACCGGCGGCUUCUGCAGCAGCAGCAGCUUCCACUCCAGCGACGACUACUAGUACUGUCACGACUACUACUGUUACGACCGCUGUUCCUGCUACUACUCCUAGCGUCGCCCCAGCUGCAGCUCCAGCUCCAGCUCCAGCUCCAGCUCCAGCUCCAGUCCAAGUUCCAAGCACCCCCGCUGCUAGCCCUCCGGCGUCGUCAGGCUCAAUUCACCUUGUCCAAUCUCACUUGCACCAGCAACAUCGUUCUCCAUUGCACCCGUCCCCCUCACUGCCACCCUCAUCUCAUCCCACUCCGCCCCCCGCGGCCCUUGGUCAUCCAUCAUCUUACCCGACGAUGGCUCCCGCAGGACCUCCGCGGCCGCAGUCCCAGCCACCACCUCCCCCACCUACUAGGACCAGUGGUCAGAAUUUCGACCCCAUUCGGUCCGCCUUCGAUACAGCUUCCCCGGCCCCAACACCGGGGCCGACAUCGACCUUCAGUCCCCCGGCUCGCCCUCUUUCUCCACGCCCAACAUUCCGCGCUAGCGCUUCACCUGCUAUAGCCAGCAUAAUUGAUCCUCCCACAACUACCUCCCCGUCCGUCUAUGCUCCCCGUCCAUAUGCUUCUCCGAACCAUGGCGCAUCCAUCUACUCCCCUUCCCCUGCGGCUACACCAGUCAUCGCUCCCACGCCGCAUCCGCCUCCUCAGCCGAUCUCGCCUUACGCCCAUCGAUCGCCCUAUCCCCCCCCUUCACAAUUACAGCCAUCGCACGAUUCGCAGUCAUCGGCUCACUCUUCGUCCCAAGGCCCGCCGCAACCCCUACCACCACGUCUAUCAGCGGCACCUGAGCCUCCGGCGCCUACACCGUCUAAUAAUCAUCGCGCGCCUUCACCCGGGCCUACCCCAAUGGACGUAGAUACGGAUCAGCAUGCGGCCCCCAAAGCACCAAAAAGGGAUACCAAAGCUGCCCCCACUGCGCCUCCAUCAAACGCUGCGUCACCAAAGCCUUCUCGUGCGACCAAGGAGCCACCGCCACCAUUGCCUCAAGGCUCAGGACUGAUCUCCAAUGCCUUGUUUGGUGUGGGCGACGCCGCACCAACCAGCGAUUCCGAUUCUAGGCGAACGCCCAGUAUUAUAAUACACAUUCCAUUGCAAGGAACCGGCAACAGGAUUGUCAACUUUGCGCGCUUGGCCGAAGAACAAUACGGCUUUGCCGCUUUACAUCCUCGCCUUGCGGCUCACAAGGAACGACUCGCCCGUGUAGCCGCAGCAGGUGCUGCACUAGAACGAAAUGAUAAGUCCGGCCGGGGACUCUCAGCUGGGGAGAGUGCUGAUGAAGAUCUCAGUCUCGAAGUUGAGCGUGACAGUGACUUGGAUGGAGACAGUGCGUUGGGCGGUGCAGCAGCUCGCACAAACGGGCCUGAGGCUCCAGAUGGGAAAAAGAAGCGUCGCAAGAAGAAGAUGGAAGAAUAUGACCGGGACGAUCCGUUUGUCGACGAUAGUGAGCUGGCCUGGCAGGAACAGGCCGCGGCCAGCAAGGACGGCUUCUUCGUAUAUAGUGGUCCUCUGGUGCCUGAGGGCGAAAAGGUGCAAGUAGAACGGGCGGAUGGUACAAUAAAACGUGGCCGGGGGAGGGGUCGCGGCGGUCGCAGCCGAGGACCUCAGUCCGCUUCCCAUCAAGCGCCACUGGCAGCUGCCGUCCCUAUCUCCCAAGAAACCGGCCUCCCUGUACGAGGUCCCGGAUCCCGGGGUGGUAGUACUACUCGUCGUCCGCGUACAAAGCCCAGGGCGGAGCAGGACAAAUCAGGUGGCACAUCGUCCACGUCUCAGGGGCGAGGAGGCGGCACCGCUGGCCGGGGAGGCUCGGCAAGCACUCGAGGGAAAUCAACAUCAAUGGUGGAAUUGGCACCACGCCCCAACUUGGCACCUACGCCCCCGGGACCCAGCCCGGUAGCAGGUUCUGAACUGGCGAUGAAAUAAAAAGUGGGCUUUAAUCACUCUCCUCCUUUCUCCAUGAAGUACGAUCCAUCGUCUAGGUAUCCGGUUAUGUGGUUUAUUGCUUUCGUUGGCGUCACUGGACCUGGGUACAGAGGGAUGAUGAAAGGUUUAUUGUAGAACGGUUGCUUCUGCUGCGAGGCUAUUACUGUGCUUCUAUUCGGUAUUACAUGCCUGUUAUGUGUUUCUAUCAGUGUGAUUUCUAAGCUUUCUUUGUUCUCUUCCAAACUUCUUCAUGGUUGGAUGGUGUUUCUCCAUUUCUGCAUCAUCUGGGGUGGUGUCUUUUCCUUUUAUAAUAUCUCGUUAACGUGUCUGCCGCUCAAUAUGAGGCGAAACGAAUAUGUUUCUAUUCCUGAAGGAAACCCGACGGAGGGGUUGGUUUGAUUAUGGCUACUAUAUUAGGUAUACAUGUGGCAUCA